UUUUCCACCUGAUUCAAGCCGCUUCUUGUUUCUCUGAUCAACACAGCGCUCAACGCCUCGAAUAUCCUGCACCAAAUAUGUGGAGAUAAUCUCUUUAACCGGGGCGAUUCAAAGACAAUCACGCAAAUAGUAGAAAUUAACCAGAGCGGGUUGCAGAUUCACUUCCGGACUUCAGAGACGUAAAGGUCAUUUAAGUUCACUUACAUAUACUAAUAUAUAAUCACUGGUCCAGAAGCGGGGAAACUGCAGCUGCGUCCAGCAGUCAGACUGGUUCAGCCCAGAGUGAGGAUGAAGAUCGCUCUGCUGGGAGCCACCGGGCAGACGGGCCAGUACCUGGUGCAGCAGGCGCUGGAGCAGGGCCACGCCGUCACCGCCAUCGUCAGGAACCCGGCCAAACUCACAGUGCACCACGACAACCUCAAGGUGGUGAAGGCUGAUAUUUUUGGAGCAGGCAGUCUGAAGGCUCAUCUCCAAGGACAGGACGUGGUCAUGUCGUGCCUGGGCUUCCCGGCCUCCUUCUGGUGGGGGGUGACGGGUUACACCGUGUCCAUGGCCGCUGUGGUCGGGGCCAUGCGGGAGGCCCGUGUCAGCCGGCUCAUCACCAUGACGUCCUGGUACACGGAGCCCAACUCGGGAGCUCAGUCGUCGUACCUGAUCCGGUUCCUCCUGCUGCCGAUGAUCAGGAGCGUCCUCAACAACAUGUAUGAGAUGGAGCACUUCCUGCAGAAGGCCGAGGACAUCAACUGGACCGUGGUGCGGCCCCCGGGCCUCAGGAACCUGCCGGCCACAGCUCAGGAGUUUCUGACCCACGAGGGCUACUUUGUCCCCGACGGAAGCGGUCAGCCGGCAGGCGGCGCCGUGGGGAGAGGAGACGUGGCUCGCUUCAUGCUCUCGCUGCUCAACAGCAACGCCUGGGUCAAGAAGGGCGUCGCCAUCACCACCAAGUGAGAAGGAAGAUGCCCGCAUCCCUUCACCUGGAGCACCAAAAAACAUCCAAAACAAAUACGGACUCACCUUUUUAUGGUUGUAUCUAGCCAUGGAGAUGUUGUUAAGAGAUGAAAAAAAUAUCAAUCAUAGAAAGUUUUGUUUUAAUGAGAUCACUGUUAUUUUUUCCAAAUACAUGACUGAAUGAAUAAUGGGAAUAUUUCAAUGCUGUGACCACUGUACGUGGAAUAUACAUUAACAUGAAUGCUCAGUCUUGAUGAAAUGAAGCCAGCAGCAUCUUCAUGGCGAGAUACUGCCAGAACUGGAAGAAAAAAAUAUAUUUUGUAACCUCAAGUGAAGCUGAAAGUCUACUAAUGGAUCCUUAUGGAUAAAAUAAUAUUUGUGUCUUAUAUUAUCUAAUGAAUGUAUUUAUCUACGAGUGUUUAACAUGGGCUUGCUUUUAUAUAAAAACUCCCAUCGAUCUUUAUCUUUAUCAUGUUUCUGUCAUUAGUGUGGGUGCAGUACACAUCGCCUCCACAUGAUGGCAGCAUUGUGCCAUAUCUAACUAUUAAAAUGUCAUUUUAUUUACCACCUAAACUCCUGGGGUUCUUUUUUUACAGUUAGUAAUAGUCAUUUUAUAAGCUUUAUAAGAAAUGUGUAUAUUUACUGCAUACAGGAAAUACCUGUUGUCAAAAAAUCUGCGUCAGACGAGGAAAAGUUGAAAAACCUUUAGAGGCUCGUACGUGUGAGAAGGGUUGAUGGUUUGGUUUGUCAAGGCCUCUGAACUCAGAACGCAGAAAUGAGCUGUGAUGUCAAAGAAACCGUUUGAUAUCAUCUGUCAAAGAUGCCAUCAGCAUUGCAGCAAAAAUAGUCUAAAAGUCUAAACUUACCAUCCCCCGGUUGGGUCUGCAAGUGGAUUAGUGCAUUAUUUAGACAUUUAACAAAAAAUGUUCUCCAUAACUGAUACUCAAUAUUUCAGCCUUUAAUUCAAAUCAUUAACUGAUUGAUGGUUGGCUCAAAAAAAACAAAAAACAAUACAUUUCCAACCAUUUCUGGAGACCUUUGUCAUGAUUUCAUCAAACGUUCAAGUUAAUUCUGUAACAAAUUGUGCAAUUAAACAAAAGAUUUAAUUCAAGUUCAUUAAAUGACAUGUUUUUUUACAUGAUCACAGGACUAACAUUGUGAAACUGAAAUGACAGAAGUUAUCUGUGACAGUCCCGUGAUCUUUAUUUUGUCCCGGUAGGUUGAUCAGUGUGAUGGGAGAUGAGUCAGUGUCUGGAGUUGCAAGUAUGUUCAUUACAGUAUGCAUUGAUAAGAAGAAAAACAAUUUAUAAUCGUUGUGACCAAGGUUUGACAGGUCAAAAGCCUCCAAUGUGUCUAUCCAGUCAAUAUGACAGGUGUAAAAAUGUACUGUAGGAUGAUGAAAUCAGUUAUCUUUGCCUAUUUUAUUUACCAGUUCAUGUCUAUUUUAUGUUUAUGUCAGCUGUUGUUGUUUUUAAAAGUGCUUAACAAAUAAAUUCUGAUACCUAACUAAAUGAAAAAUAGGAUUUUCUUCCCUAUCCAGGAUGUCUUAUGCUACCAAAUACCCGAAACAACGAAUGAGGAAAAUA